UUACACCGUGGCCACUGUCUUUCAUCUUCACCGGAUAUAUUUGCUGAAGAAUGUGACAACUUGAGAGGAGUCUUCUUGGAACUGAAGUACCCAGAGAAGCUCAUUAAUUCUACCAUAACUAGAUUCAUCGAGUCGCGAAAUCAACAGCAGGUUCGCGAUGUUCAAAGAAAUGCACCCGUUCGGAUUAUUCUGCCAUUCAAGGAUCAAAGAUCAGCCGACAUUGUACGUAGACAGCUGUCCGAUCUUGGAAAGAAAAUAAACAGUGAUAUACGCCCAGUUUUCACAAGCAAGAAAAUUGCCGACGACAUCAGAGUAGCUGAAGCCAAACCACCGUUAAUAAAUCAACAAUGCGUUGUUUACAAAUUCAAAUGUGAUCUGUGUGAUGCGGAUUAUGUUGGUUAUACUCGCCGACACCUUUUCCAACGCAUUGAUGAACACAAGCAGCUACAACUCAGCUAUUGGAAAACACCUGCGUGA